AUGCCACCCAAGAAAAAGGAACAAGGCACCAAGAUCAUUCUAAGGACAUACGAAGCAGGCGAUUUGGAAGCUGUUCGAGCAUUGCACACAACAAGCUGUUACUUAGGACUGGUUCCUGAAGGCAUUCGUGCGAAGUUAUGGAGUCCAUUUACCUGGCUCAUGUGGUUCUGUGGCUACACAUUGUUGCUAAUGUCCGUUCCUGCUCUUGUGUUGGGCGAUCCGGACGCGACUUUGGACAAGGACAGGUGGUCGCCGUUUAUACUGAAGAUGACUCUGUCAGCGAUAUGGGCAGCUAUUGGAUUUUCACUGGUGUAUAUCAAAACGGAGCGUGUGGAUGUAGCACGUCAAGUGGAUGAUGCUCUUGCCAAUGACUUGAGUGACCCCGAAGCAUAUUACUUGCCAUGGAACACCGAUGAAAAUGGCGUCAAGGUUCCUCGACCUCAAGAAGCACCAGCUCAUUUCUGGGUAUUGACCGUGGAUGGUGUUGUAUGUGGCAUGUUGGGUAUGAUUGCCUAUGCGGAUCGUGUACGAGAUAAGCGUGAUGCAGCACAAAGGAAGUUGCCUUGGUGGAAACGUGCCUUGGGUGGAACCGAGCCUGACGCUUAUUUUGCUGAACCCACUGAACCAAAGACAGCAAUCCUGCAACGAUGGGCUAUUGCCUAUGAGUAUCAAACAUGUGGAUUGUCAUCACUCAUGCUCGAACGCGCAAUGAAAUGGGCAAAGGAAAAUGACAUUGAGUAUGUGUUUGCCGGUACCAACGAAACGCAUAUGGCAGCGGAGCAGAUUCUUACCCGACGACAUGGAUUUCAAAUGGUCAACAAGCGUAAGAACAUGUUUGGUCACGUGGCAACGUUGGUGUGCAAUGUGCAAACCUGGAUCGAUGAAUGUGGAUCAAAAUCAAAGGGCGUUUACAAGAAGAUCAAGAAAUAA